AAAUAACAGGGCGUCGCCUCUCCUUCUCUCCAAUUUUCACUAGGCCAAACUCGCAGUCGCCAUGGACGACAUGGACGGGGACUACAGCCUCUACUGGGAAACCAAGCGCUUCAUCGACUCAGAGGAACUCGAGAGCUGGGGCUUCGAAGAGGCCGUCGCCGGGGACCACUACGACUCCAGCUCCCCGGAAGGCGGCCCCACCGCCGCGGCGAAGAACGUUUCCAUGGAGAGGAACCGCCGGCGGAAGGUCAACGAGAAGCUGUACGCGCUCCGAAGCGUCGUUCCCAACAUCACCAAGAUGGACAAGGCGUCGAUCGUCAAGGACGCCAUCGAUUACAUUCUGCAGCUUCAAGAUCAAGAGCGCCGUAUGCAAGCUGAGAUUCUUGCGCUCGAGAAUCUGAAACAGGGCAGGGCUGACCAUGACCUCGAGUUCUGCGAUGACAUGCACUUGGUCCAGAGGAAGAAGAAGAGAACGGCUUCAGAGCCGAUGCAAGCAAUCGAACUCACAGUGAGUGCAGUGGGGGACAAAACGAUGGUGGUAAGCAUCACCUGCAAAAAGAAGCAUGACGCCAUGAUCAGGCUCUGCGAGCUCUUUGUGUCCCUCCCACUCAAGAUCAUCACGGCCAACAUCACCUGCGUCUCCGGCAGCCUCUUGCAUACUCUGUUCGUUGAGAGUGAUGAAAUGAGGACCGAACAGUUGAAGGAAGAGAUUGAAGCAGCCAUCAUACGACUUGGGAGCCCAAGGAGGCCGUAAAAAAAAAAGAGACGUUUUUACUUAAUAAUUACUUAAUAAUUAAGUUCACGCCUUGCGGCCUUGACAGUCCAUCCCUACACUAUGUAAAGGGAGGUAAAUGAUGUAUAUGAAGGAUGAAAUGUUAUGGUCUUCAUAAAAUAUAUUUUAUACGGUAAAAGACGAUUUAUUUAUAAACCACGGGCUAUUAAUGUAGGUUGUCAAGACAUGAGUAAAAUAUUAAAAAAACAAAAUUAAUUUAAGUAAGGGCUAAAGGGACUUACCUAGUGGUCGGAUCUGGUUGGAUUGAAUCUGAGCCGUCAUGGUGUUCGCCCACUGGUUUUUUUUAAUCGGUGGCCGGGACCGUAGUUUCUAAAGGGAUUUGGUCUGGUAUUAAUUUGAGUACGAAUGGAGC